UCGGGAGCGGGCCUGCAGAUCUCAGCAGUCAUGGCCAGCCACCUCAUGCUCUACACCGGCGCCAAGAUGCCCAUCAUGGGGCUGGGCACCUGGAAGUCCCCUCCAGGCAAAGUGACUGAGGCUGUGAAGAUGGCGAUUGACCUUGGAUACCGCCACAUCGACUGUGCUCACAUGUACCAGAACGAGAAUGAGGUGGGGUUGGCCAUCCAGGAGAAGCUCAAGGAGCAGGUGGUGAAGUGUGAGGACCUCUUCAUCGUCAGCAAGCUGUGGUGCACAUUCCAUGAGAAGAGCAUGGUGAAGGGAGCCUGCCAGAAGACGCUCAGUGACCUGAAGCUGGACUACCUGGACCUCUACCUUAUUCACUGGCCAACCGGCUUCAAGCACGGGAAGGAAUAUUUCCCCCUGGAUGGGGAAGGCAAUGUGAUUCCCAGUGACAACAAUUUUGUGGACACGUGGGAGGCCAUGGAAGAGCUGAUGGAUGAAGGGCUGGUGAAAGCUAUUGGAGUCUCCAACUUCAGCCAUCUCCAAGUCGAGAAGAUCUUAAACAAACCUGGCUUAAAAUAUAAGCCGGCUGUUAACCAGAUUGAGUGCCACCCGUAUCUCACUCAGGAGAAGCUAAUCCAGUACUGCCAGUCCAAAGGCAUCAUGGUGACUGCCUACAGCCCGCUCGGCUCUCCUGACAGGCCCUGGGCCAAGCCUGAGGACCCUUCCCUGUUGGAGGAUCCCAGGAUCAAAGCUAUUGCAGCCAAGCACAAGAAAACCACAGCGCAGGUUCUGAUCCGGUUCCCCAUGCAGAGGAAUUUGGUCGUGAUCCCCAAGUCCAUGACACCCGAACACAUUGCUGAGAACUUUCAGGUCUUUGACUUUGAACUGAGCAGCGUGGAUAUGACCACCUUACUCAGCUACAACCGGAACUGGCGGGUGUGUGCCUUGGUGAGCUGUGCUUCCCACAAGGACUAUCCCUUCAACGCUGAGUUUUGAAGCUCUUGGUGCCUCUUCCCC